AUUAUGAAAAUAAAGUAAUAUUUUCUUAAAGUGAAAUAAGUACAUUAUUAGGGAAAUAGAAUUACGCAUUAGAAUUGAUAAAUCAAAUGGAAUUAAGGAACUAAAAGUUGAACUGCAUAAUGGGCCUAAUAAAAAUUGCAUUGAUCCAAUUGGCCCAUUAAAUCCAAGAUCAACCCGGUGGGUCCUUCCAUCGCCAUUUUUCUCUCUCAAGCUCUCGAAGCUUUCAGAAGUAUCACUCUCCUCAACCUUCAAGACAAGCCUAGAAAUCUUUAAAUCCCACUCGAUCACUUUUUCCCUCCUGUAAAUAAUGAUCUCCGAUCGACUUCCUUGCAUCAGAUUCAGAGAUUCAUAGUGUCACAAUCUGAAGAUCAAAAUAUUCGUCUAAAGUUUCAGUCAUGUCGAUCAUUCCAAGUUUCUUUACAGGCAGAAGGAGCAACGUAUUCGAUCCCUUCUCCCUCGACAUUUGGGAUCCUUUCCAGGGCUUUUCAAGUGUCCUCAACAACCUACCCGAAUCAUCACGCGAAACAGCAGCAAUCACCAACGCCAGAAUCGAUUGGAAGGAGACGCCGGAGGCGCACGUUUUCAAGGCGGACAUACCUGGGCUGAAGAAAGAGGAGGUGAAGGUGGAGGUUGAAGAAGGAAGGGUGUUGCAGAUAAGCGGAGAGAGGAGCAAGGAACAUGAGGAGAAGAACGACAGGUGGCACAGGGUAGAGAGAAGCUCCGGGAAGUUCUUGAGGAGAUUCAGGCUGCCGGAAAAUACAAAAAUGGAAGAGGUGAAAGCUACCAUGGAGAACGGCGUGCUGACGGUGACCGUGCCCAAGGCGGAAGAGAAGAAGCCAGAAGUGAAGUCCAUCGACAUUGGUGGGUAAGUUUCACGAGUGGCAAUGUGGUAACUUGGUGUAAAAAAAAUUGUUUGUUGAGUAUUUGAGGUGUACUCGAAUAAGAUGAUGCAAUUUUUUGGUGUACUCGAAUAAGAUGAUGCAAUUUAAGUUCCUUUUGUAAUAAUAUAAUAAUGUGAUAUUGAAUUGUUUGUUUUGAUAA